AUUUCUAAUCUGUCCUGUUUGUUUCUAUCAGGGGAGCCAUCCUUUGACUGUGAUAGUCCAGACUUUGUUCCCUCCAUAUUCCCUCAUAGCAGCAUCACCACAGACAGCACUGCAAAGGUGGCAAGGUAUGAACGACAGAGGAGACGGGCGGAGUCGGGGGCUCCUGAUGACAGACCUGCUGUCAUGCCUGAUCUGGAAUCAGCUGCAGCUUUACCUCCAGACGUUCUGAAAGUGAUUGUUGGUGAAGAGGAGCAGCAGGAGUGUAGCUCCAGUGUGGACCAGCAGGAGCCAGAGCCCCCCCCACACAUUAAAGAGGAACAGGAGGAACUGUGGAGCAGUCAGGAGGGAGAGCAGCUUCAAGGGCUGGAGGAGGCUGAUAUCACCAAGUUCCCAUUCACUCCUGUCCCUGUGAAGAGUGAAGAUGAUGAAGAGGAAGCUCAGUCCUCACAGCUUCAUCAGAGACAAACUCAACACAUGGAAACAGAAGCUGAUGGAGAGGACUGUGGAGGACCAGAACCAGCCAGGAACUCACAUCCACUUUUCCAACCAGAGACUGAAGACCAGACUGGAGACUCUUCUGAACCUGAGACUGAUGACAGUGCUGAUUGGAAGGAGACCAGAGAACCUCAGUCAGCUUUAAACUCUCUGAAACAUGAUUCAAAACAUAAUAAAACAUUCAGCUGCUCUGAGUGUGGGAAAAGAUUUGGCCGCAAGUCAAAUCUGUAUGAUCACAUUAGAGUCCAUACACGAGAGAAAAGAUACAGCUGCAGUGUCUGUAACAAAAGAUUUGUCUGGCGUUCACAGGUCAAAAAACAUAAAUGUGUCGGUCAUCAGUCAUCACAGCUUCCUCAGAGUCAAACUGAGGAGAAGAGAGAGGCAGAGCCUGAACCUCAGUCAGCUUUAAACUCUCUGGAACAUGAUUCAACAUGUAAGAAAAGAUUUAGCUGCUCUGAGUGUGGGAAAAGAUUUGGCCGAAAGGCGCAUCUGAGAGAUCACGUGCGAAUCCACACAGGAGAGAAGCCUUUCAGCUGCUCAGUCUGUCAGAAAUCUUUUAGACACAGUGGAGGUUUACGGUCACACAUGGUAGUCCACACAAGAGAGAAAAUAUUCAGCUGCAGUUUUUGUAACAACAGAUUUGCCCAGAGUUCUGAUGUCAAAAGACAUAAAUGUGUUGGUCGGAUGGAAACAGAAGCUGAUGGAGAGGACUGUGGAGGACCAGAACCAGCCAGGAACUCACAUCCACUUUUACAACCAGAGACUGAAGACAAGGCUUCAGACUCUUCAGAGACUGAGACUGAACCUGAGAAUGGUGACAGUGCUGAUUGGAAGGAGACCAGAGAACCUCAGUCAGCUUUAAACUCUCUGAAACAUGAUUCAAGACGUAAGAAAACAUUCAGCUGCUCUGAGUGUGGGAGAAAAUUUGUCCAAAGGGGACAUCUGAAGAGACACAUGAUGACUCACACAGGAGAGAAGCCUUUCAGAUGCUUAGACUGUAAGAAAUAUUUCACACGGAUUGGAGACUUGCAAAAACACAUGAGAAUCCACAGAGGAGAGAAGCCUUUCAGCUGCUCUGAGUGUGGUAGAGCUUUCACCGAAAGUGGAACCCUGAAGAGACACAUGAUAACUCACACAGGGGAAAAACCUUUCAGCUGCUCAGUCUGUAAGAAAUCUUUUACACAGAGAGGAGGUUUACGGACACACAUGGCCGUAGUCCACACAGAAGAAAAACCUUUCAGCUGCCCGGUGUGUCAGAUGUCGUUUACACGGAGACAAUAUUUACAGAGACAUUUGAUCAUCCACAAGGGAGGGAGGCUUCCCAGUUGCUCGUUGUGCGGUAAAGGUUUCACUUCAAGUGGAAAUCUGAAGAGACACAUGAUGACGCACACCGGAGAAAGACCUUUCAGCUGCUCACUCUGUAAGAAGUCUUUUAGCGAGAGAGGAGGUUUAAAAAGACACAUGAUGACUCACCAAAACAAAAAACCCUUUACCAGUUUGGAGUGUGGUAACGGUUUUAUUGAGAGCAGUGAAAUUAAGAUACAGUUGGUAGCUCACACAGGAGAAAAGCUUUUCAGCUGCUCAGUCUGUCAGAAGUCCUUCACACAGAGGGAUAGUUUGCAGAGACACGUACGCAUCCACACCGGAGAGAAAAAGUACAGCUGCCGUUUUUGUGGGCAAAGAUUCGCCUGGUCCACCAGCCUCAAAAUCCAUCAGUGUGCUGGUGGACCUCUACAACCAGAGACCGAAGACCAGACUGGAGACUCUUCUGGACCUGAGACUGAUGACAGUGCUGAUUGGAAGGAGACCAGAGAACCUCAGUCAGCUUUAAACUCUCUGAAACAUGAUUCAAGAUGUAAGAAAACAUUCAGCUGCUCUGAGUGUGGGAGGAGAUUUGGAAAAAGGCAACAUCUGAAUGACCACAUGAGAAUCCACACAGGAGAGAGACCGUUCAGCUGCUCAGUCUGUCAGAAAUCUUUUACACAGAGCGGAAAUUUAUACAAACACAUGAGCGUCCACAGGAAGGAGGAGGAGAACUUUUACUUUACAUCUGACACCGCGCUUCCUUCGGUCCUGACGACUGUGACUUUGACUGGAUGAGCGGUUCUUGGGAUGUGC